AGUUAAGUUAAAACUCCUAAUCACACUGUGACCAACCCCAAAAAAAAAAGCAAAAGAAAAAAACAAACAGAAUCCUAAUCGUACAAGGACUCCAAUCCUAUACAAACAGAGAACCUUUCGAGCAUUCAUUAUAUUAAUAGGAGCUCUCUGUGUCUUCACUGUAAUUCGUGUUUCUUGCUCUGUAAUGGAGGCUUCAUGUUACGCCGGUUCUUCUAUUGAAGAAGAAGUAGAAAAAAGCCUUUGCCUUUCUUUGGGUAAGGUUCGGGUAAAGACGGACACGUUUGAGAAUGAGAAACCUGGUUUCUCCGUGCAUAAUAGUAACAAUACUUGUUUGGGUUCGUCUUCUAAUGCCUCUCCAAGCAUAACCCAACAAGCACAGCCUGAUGUUUAUCCAAAAUACGAAAGCGGAUUUGAAAAUUCGCCUAGAGUUCCAGUGCCAUUGUAUCCACAAAGUAUCUGGAGAGAUCAUAUUUUGAACGGUGGAGGACACUUUCUGGGUUCAAACAACCUGAAUGGGCAUGCCAAUGCGUAUCAACCAAAGAACCCUCUUGGUAACCUGACAGAAGAAACUACAAAAUCAAGAUUAAGUCGUGGCGCAACAUCUCCAUCUUUCUGCAACUGGGCAAACCAGCUCAACCCUUGUGUUAAUAAUUGGUACCAAAGUUCAGGAGAACAAUAUUACAGAAGCAAUGAAAGGAUUGGAAUGUAUUCAAAUGGUGAUCGGUACCCAAGUUCUGGAAUAUCUAGUUAUAUGGGGACUCAGUCAAGCUUUAACAAUGAUGGAUGCCAUGGUGAUCAGAUAUUUAAGCUGCGGUCUUAUGCCGAUAUAGCUCGACUCGCUAUGACGCAACCCGGAUCACAGAGCUUAAUAAAUAUCAUGGUGGCUUCUAAGGACCCAUUCGCUAAGGAUAUGAUUUUUACUGGGGUUUUCGGUUCCAUAUUCGAGGUGAUGAAUGACUCACAUGGAUACUAUGUUUUUGGGAAGCUUAUUGAAUCAUGCAAUUACGGUCAGUUAAGACACAUGGUAGCACAGAUGACUUUGAAUACUGAAUCACUUGUCAGCAUAUCAACCAGCAAAUUUGGCUCAAAAUCAAUUCAGAGGCUUGUCAAGGUGCUUGAGAAAUCACCCUUGAUUUACACCUUGACAUUAGCUCUAUCCAGUGUAUUGGAGCAACUGAUGACCAACCGAACAGGGUCGUUUGUUAUAUUGAAGUGCUUAAACCUCCUUGACACACAGAAAAAUGAGAAAAUAUACGAAACUGCUGAAAGGCUUUGCAUCACUCUGGCCCAGAAUGAAAAGGGAUGCAUAUACUUGAAUGAGUUCAUCACCUACAGUAAAACUCCAUACAGAGAAAGACUCAUGGAUGAAAUCUCAAGCAAAUCAAAACUCCUUUCUCAGGAUCCUUCAGGGAACUUUGUUGUCCAGCACGUCCUGGGACUCCAUAACCCUGUCUUCUCUGCAAAGAUAUGCUUUGAGCUGAGAGAUCUGUACAUAAAGCUCUCUUCACAAAGAGGUGGGAGUCAUGUUGUAGAGAAAUGCUUGAACUCUUCUGAGACGGAUUAUGUAGUAAAUGCUUUUCUCAAGUAUGAAAAACUGUGGCAAAUAGCGCGGGAUCAAUUCGGCAACUACGUGAUCCAAACAGCAUUGAAGGCCACGAAGCGUGCAAAUAGUCCCCUUUAUCAAAUGCUUUUAUCAAAGCUCGAACAAAAUCGGAAUGAACUCAUGAGUGGAUUUGGAAGUAAAGUGCUGAGUUUGAUUGACAGAGGCGUCCCCCUAGACUAACUAUGAUUGAUUGAUUGAUCUUAUCAGAAGGAGCUCAAUUUCAAAGAAACUGUUAGUGUUAGUGUUAUGUUGUUGUUGUUGAUGUUGUGCAAUUUUGUUUGUUGUCUUUUAAAAGCCUCGGGAGUCAAAGGUUAGAGCCGCCCACCCUUGUUGUUUCAACUCAUCCAACUAGAAGAGUAGUUGAUGAGUGCUUUAGUAUAAUUUGUAGGAAAAAUGUAAGUUUGUUUCUUCUGGUAUUGUAAUGUAUACGUCUGGUGUGAUUCAAAUGCGCUAUGACUGUUUCUGUAA